CACGUAUGUUGUCCCACGUCCCAUAACUGUCCAAUGUCGUGCGUUUCAAAGUAGUGCUCACGGCGAAACUCCUGUAUCGCUUCAAUGUUGUCCGGAUCGACGUCUGACGUGUGUUGUAUGGUCCUACUUUCUUUUAUAUGCCUCGAUUCUAAAUACAAGGAAAAGAUGACCGAAAAAAAUUUAUCGGUCAACUCGAUUCCAAAAAACAUCAAAACGGUUGUGGAGGAAGGGGAAAGAGUCCAGAAAUCUUCUCCACAUGAAGUUUCAUAUAGCUGCUCUGCAUGUAACAAGAAAUUUAAGCGUAAAACAGCCUGCUCUUCUCACAUGCGUAUAUGUAAUGUGAAUAUCACAUCAGACUCGGAUUUUGAGUUUGACUAUAAUCCCUCCGAUUCUGAUAGCAAUGAUUUCAUUGUUGAGCUUAACAUAAAACCAAGUAAAAGGACAAAGAUUAAUGGAAGACCACAAAUGGAGGUUAGUGGGACCCAUGUUGAUGCACCAAAUAAAAUUGAAAGCGAAGUUAGGGAACAGUUAAAACAUGAACCAAAGAAAGAAUAUGAAAAAGAAGUUAUCAAUAAGCAAACUGAUGAAAAUCCCAAUACUGAAGUUCAAGAAAUACAUGUUGAUGUAAAUGGUAGAGUGUCAGUUGCCGAAAAUACAGCAACGAACCGUGAACCUGUUAUAUCAAUGGACAACAUUAUGAAUGAAUUUGUAAGUCAUGAAGAUACUUCAGGGACAGUAGAUAAUAAUAUGGAAGAACCAGAUGAUUACAUUAUUGAAGAACUAAGGAAUGUUCAAAGUGUUCAGGUUGAAAAUGAUUUAGAACACUCAAAUGGCACUGUAAUUGAAGAAGAUUGUUUUGAGCACGUUAUUGAGAGGGCAGAGGUAGAAGAACAUACACUAAGAUUCAGUUUACCAGAAGAAAAAGCUGUUGUACAGCAACAUGAUCAAAUCAAAUCUAAUGGUGAACAAAGAGUGAAACUUAACAAGACACCAGAUGUAUCAAUUUAUGAGUUUGUCGAUGAAGAAGAUGGGUUUCGGCAAGAACAGCGUAAAAUGGACCUGGAAAGAAAAAAGAGAACCUGUAAAAAUUGCUACUUGGUGUUUGAAGACCCAAUGGAGGUGCUCCGACACAACAGAACCGCCCACACCUACCCAAAAGUAUGGCUCCCCACUGAAAAGGUCAUGAAGCAUAUGAAUGUCAAAGAUAAGUCCAAAUGUCCAAUUUGUGGAAAACCCUUAUAUGCGAAGUACAAGUCGGAAUUUGUAAAGCACCUGAAGACACACAUAGAGGACUAUGAGUAUCAGUGUAAAGUGUGUAAGCACAUGUUUCGUCGAAAAGACCAUUUGCGGAACCACGAAAGUAGGCACAUUGUAGGAAUUUAGUGGUGAUUGAUUAGAAAUUAAUUUUUAAAUAUGUAAGAUAUAAAAAUAAUUUAGAAGAUUGGCAUGUAAGAUAUUUGUAUUUUGUGGUAAUAAAUAAGUUGAUUAAAUUC